AACCAGGAAACAGUCAUCGAAACCAUAACCCAAUCGCCAAGUUGUCGUCAACAGUCCGUGACGAAAUCGAUACCUUACUUCUUAUGCAUGGCGAAGGAAACCCAUGUUCGUUAGAGGACGAGGAGUCAAGAAAGGACUCAACUUUAUGAUUCUCUCUCUCUCUCUGUCUGCCACAGUCAAUUCGAAGAUUCGGCUGUAAAUGGCGGGAUGAAUGUCUCUAAAGGCAAUCUGGGUGUCGUGGGAAUCGACCCAAGAAAUCAACAUCGUACAUCUAACGUUGGAGAUCGCGUGCGAUUUCAUUCCGAAGUUGCCGGGGGGCCGCGCUUUUGGGGAAUUGGGUUUGAAUUGCGUUUAGAUUCUUGGGGCGAGGAUGGAGGAAGAGAAGUUAAAGGAGGAGGAAGAAGACGGGACGGGGUCACGUGACUUCGGGGUCGCCUCGCGGUCCUUCCGCGGCAAGUUCCUUCCUUGCAAAGCUAUACCAAGCUGAUAUCAACUACAAGCACUCGCUUCGAACUCCUCCUCUAUAUAUAUGGAGACAAAAGAGCAAUGCUGCUUGCUCUCAUGCAUUCUGAUUUCCGAGUCUUUUCGCAUUCCGUCGGCGAGCUUUUGCUUUGAUCCCUGCCUUCUCCUUCUUCCCAUCUCUUGAACUCAAGUGGGUUCCGCUGCAACUUUCUUGGUUCCUCUGAUUCUGCAUUCCCUGCUGAUACUUCACGCUCGGGCGACGCGACCCUGAAGCAAAGCGUCGCCAUUGUGCGCUCCUUCGCCGAGGUCAGUCGCGGAUGGCUUCGGAAUCUGGUGUCAUGGACGUGCAGGCCGAUGCGCAGCUCUCCGCCGAUCCUCUUCCCUUCGCCAGAUGUUAUCAGGUGGAGGCGUUAGAGAAGGCCAUGAAGGAGAACACGAUAGUGUACUUGGAGACAGGGUCGGGCAAGACUCUGAUCGCCAUCAUGCUCCUCCGCUCCUACGCCUACCUCCUCCGCAAGCCCUCCCGUUUCAUCGCCGUUUUCUUGGUCCCUCAAGUCGUCCUCGUGUCCCAGCAAGCGGAGGCCAUAAAGAUGCACACGGACUUGAAGGUGCAAACGUACUGGGGAGAAAUGGGAGUUGAUUUCUGGGAUGCUGCCAUGUGGCAGCGACAACUUGAUAGCUAUGAGGUGCUUGUCAUGACACCAGCUAUCUUGCUCCACUGUUUGAGGCAUAGCUUUUUCAAGCUUGACCUGAUAAAGGUUCUCAUCAUGGAUGAAUGCCAUCAUGCAAGGGGUAAACAUCCAUAUGCAUGCAUUAUGACGGAAUUCUAUCACCCUGGGUUACGUCGCAAUAUGCAAGUCCCGAGGAUAUUUGGUAUGACUGCUUCACCAAUUAAGUCCAAAGGUGGGAACUCUGAAGUUCAAUAUUGGCAAAAUAUUAAUGAACUUGAGACUGUCAUGAACUCAAAGGUCUACACCUGUGCCAGCGAAUCUGUUCUUGCCAGAUAUAUUCCAUUUUCCACACCAAAGUUCAAGAGUUACGAACAUAGGGAGAUCCCUUUCGCUCUCUAUCACCAUUUGCAAGAUCAACUGAAGGGUUUUGUGGAAAAGUAUGAAGUGAAGCUAAAAUGGUUAGACAUUGAGGAAUUAUCAGCUCAAUCUACAGGGAAAAAAAUUCAGAAGAUCUUCUCAACGUUCAUUUUCUGUUUGGAUGAUCUUGGGCUUUGGCUUGCACUUAAGGCUGCACAGUCAAUAUCAUGUCGUGAAGUUAAUGACUUAUCUUGGGGGAACUUAGAUGUGUUUGGUGAGACAAUUGUGAAGGACUUUAGCCAAGAUGUCCUCAAUGCAUUAUCGGCUUGUAUUCCUUCAGAUCCAAACUGGUCAGUUGGUGCUGAUGUCCAAGGAGAUGUGGAUGCUGGGCUCAUUACUUGUAAAGUUGUUUGUCUCAUAGAAUCCUUACUUGAGUACAGGGAUAUUCAUGAUAUCAGAUGUAUAAUCUUUGUAGAGAGGGUUAUUACAGCUAUUGUACUUCAGUCUUUGCUAAGUGAGGUGCUUCCGAAGUACUGUAACUGGAAGACCAAAUACAUAGCAGGAAAUAACUCUGGUUUGCUAUCACAGACAAGGAAGCAACAAAAUGAAAUCGUGGAGGAAUUCCGUAAUGGGAAGGUGAAUAUCAUUGUUGCAACGUCAAUUCUUGAAGAGGGUCUAGAUGUGCAGAGCUGUAACUUGGUCAUUAGGUUUGACCCGUCCACCACAGUAAGCAGUUUUAUUCAAUCCCGAGGCCGUGCAAGAAUGCAGAAUUCGGACUAUUUGCUGAUGGUGAAGAGUGGGGAUUCUUCGACGCAUUCUCGUCUUGAAAAGUACCUCUCUAGCGGGGAGACAAUGAGAAGGGAAUCUCUACGACAUGCUUCCCUUCCGUGUGAACCUCUUAAUGGCAACUUGUAUGAUGAAGAACAUUAUCAGGUGGCGAGCACUGGAGCAAUUGUUACUCUUUCUUCCAGUGUUGAAUUGAUAUACUUUUAUUGCUCUAGGCUUCCUUCUGAUAGUUACUUCAAGCCUGCUCCGAGGUGUGACGUAAACGAGGAGAUGAACACCUGCACUCUUUAUCUACCAAAGAGUUGCCCCCUAGAACCUGUUCAUGUCCAAGGCAAUCUAAAGAUGCUGAAGCAAAUGGCAUGUUUUGAAGCAUGCAAACAGCUUCACAGGAUUGGUGCUUUGACAGACAAUCUUAUCCCUGCUAUUGUUGUGGAGGAAGCUAAUGCCCCAGUAGUUGGCAAUGAACCAUAUAAUGAAGACCAGCCCGCUUACUUCCCUCCUGAGCUGGUCAAACAUCUUCCCAAUAAGUCCAAGACACUGUAUCAUUGCUACGUGAUUGAGUUGAGGCAGAACUUCAAUUAUGAUGUAACAGUUCAGGAUAUUGUUCUUGCCACGAGGAGUAAAUUGGAAGAUGAUAUUUGUGGUAUGUCUUUUAAAUUAGAAGUUCCCAGAGGAUCGUUGUCGGUGAACGUGAGGUACGUGGGAGAGAUUCAUCUUGAUGAGAAGCAGGUGCAUAUCUGCAGGAGAUUCCAGAUAACUCUUCUCAGUGUGCUUUUAUAUCACAGUAUGACUAAACUGAGGGAAAUAUUAGAUGGUUUAGCUUUGGUGAAAGCUCCUGAUGUUGAUUAUCUACUCCUACCACAUGCUGGUGCUCAUCCAACACCAGGCACCAUAGAUUGGAGAUCUGUCGUCUCUGUGUUAUUUUCAAAUGAUAAUCACAUCUGCAGGAAUUACUCAAAGUGUCGCCGUCAUCGUGUAAGAAUGAAAAAUGGCCUUGUAUCUCGUUGUAUGCUGGAGGGUUCCCUGGUCUAUACUCCUCAUAAUGGUCAGAUUUACUGCGUUACCGGAUUUUUUGAUGAUAUGAAUGCAAAUUCACGUUUGAGGAUGAGAGAUGGGACAGUUACAACAUAUAAAAAGUACUACAAAGAAAGUUACGGCAUCAAGUUAUGUGUUGAAGAAGAGUUUCUUCUUAAGGGGAGGCACAUAUUUCACGUGCCAAAUUGUCUUCAGCGGUGCAGGCAACAGAAGGAGAGAGAAUCCAGUAAUGCUUCUGUGGAAUUGCCUCCCGAGCUAUGUCACGUGAUUUUGUCCCCAGUAUCUGUAAAUACACUGUAUUCCUUCUCAUUUGCUCCACCAGUUAUGCACCACCUUGAAGCUUUGCUUGUUGCUGCUAAUCUGAAGAGGGUGCUUUCCAACAGUUGCCCUGAAAUUGUCUCUAUUCCUACUAUGAAGGUCCUCGAAGCACUUACCACAAAGAGGUGCCAAGAGAGAUACCAUUUGGAAUCUUUAGAAACUCUCGGAGACUCUUUCCUUAAGUAUGCCGUUUGUCAACAAUUAUUCAAGACAUACCAGAGUCAUGAUGAAGGCUUGUUAAGUGUCAAGAAAGAUAAACUGAUUUCUAAUGAGACACUUUGCAAGUUAGGGUGUGACCGCAAACUGCCGGGUUUUAUUCGUAACGAACCCUUUGAUCCUAAAACAUGGAUCAAUCCUGGUGAUAUAUCUAGAGGACUGUCCCUGUGUGAGGAGUUGCUCCCUGAAGCAAGAAAAAUGUACACUCUUGGGAGAAGAAAAAUAAAAAAAAAGACAGUUGCCGAUGUUGUUGAGGCACUUCUCGGUGCAUAUGUCAGUACUGGUGGUGAAAAUGCUGGCUUGUUUUUUGUGCGUUGGCUGGGUAUUGAAGUGGACUUUGGAAUCAGCCCGUACAGAAAUGUUCUUGUAAAUCCUGAGAAGCACAUUAAUGUCAAGCAUAUAGAGUCCCUUCUAAGCUACUCAUUUCGUGACCCUUCUUUGCUGGUGGAGGCUCUGACUCAUGGAUCCUAUAUGUUUUCAGAGAUCCCAACAUGUUACCAGCGACUGGAAUUCCUUGGAGACUCGGUUUUAGAUUAUCUGGUCACGAUUCAUUUAUACAGAAAGCAUCCUGGCUUGUCCCCAGGAAUAUUGACGGACUUGAGGUCUGCUUCUGUCAACAAUGAUUGCUACGCUCAGUCUGCAAUAAAGGUUGGAUUGCAUAAGCACAUUCUCCAUGCAUCAACUGUGCUGCAAAAGCACAUUGCCGACACGGUCAACAACUUUGAAAAAUUAUCAUCUGAGUUUACCUAUGGAUGGGAAUCUGAAACAUCCUUCCCUAAGGUUCUUGGAGAUAUAAUAGAGUCCCUGGCAGGGGCAAUCCUUGUGGAUUCGGACUACGACAAGGAAAGAGUGUUCCAAAGUAUUAGGCCUCUUUUAGAGCCAUUGGUUACGCCGGAGACGUUGAGGCCGAAUCCUGUGAGAGAGCUGACCGAGCUUUGCCAGAAGGAGCAUUUCAUAUUGAAAAAACCCGUUGUGUCUCGUGAGGAUGGUGCGUCCUCCGUCACAAUUGAGGUCGAAGCUAAAGGGGUAGCAUACCAUCACACGUCGAGAGCAGCUCAUAAGAAGACGGCUAAGAGGUUAGCUUCGAAGGAGGUCCUCAAGUCCUUGAAAGAAAACAUCCCUUGAUUAUGAAGAUCGAUUCACGACAGCUCGUGUCUACAAAUCAAAACAUUAGACACAAUGUUUUCUUGUAGUCGAAUCUUCGCCAUUCAACCUCCAAUUACUGUGGAGUGGCAUUAUUGACUCCGUUUUUUAUGUUAAUUGCCGUUGUGGCUAUGGCUGCUGUGUUUUUUUUUUUUUUAUCGGAGAGGGCAAAUGUGGUCACGAGGGAGGGAGAGAUCCGUUAUGUUAGGCACUGAAUUUUGUCAAUUUAAGGGUACAUUGUGGUUGUA